CGUGCCAUGGUGGCCAGCACAGGGACCAGCGGCGCCAUUCUCAGCGGCGGCGUCGAGGGCAGCGUCGGCGUCCGGUUCCUGACGGCGAUGGCCAUGCUGGCGGCGUUGCUGGCCCUCCUCAUGCCUGCGGCUGCCAUCGACCCCCUCUCCACCCUCGAGUGCCACCGCCGGCAGUACACUUACAAGGUUCACAAGACAGACGACAACGGCCGAAUGUGCUGGGAUUACAUCAACGUGAUGAGCUGCUGGGGACGCUGCGAUUCUAACGAGAUCGCUGACUGGAAAUUCCCAUACAAGCGCUCCCACCAUCCCGUGUGCAUGCACGAGGAGACCCAUCUCACGCAGGUGACUCUACGGAACUGCCACGAGGACGUCGCUCCGGGAACGGAGAUCUACACCUUCCACGAGGCCAACCGAUGCUCGUGCUCCGUGUGCAAGUCCUCGGAGGCGUCCUGCGAGGGUCUUCGGUACAGGGGCGCCCGCAGAGCCCCGCGCGUGGACGUCCCAAGGGGCUAAAGGGCGCUGUAUGGAGCCGCGACCUCACGCUGGAUCCACGCGCGACCUUCCUGACCACCAUGGACGACGGUUCUCUUGCCACCAGAUGUCUCUUCUACGAAACAAAAUGUACGGAAAUAAAGAAGAUCUUGCAGCAUAGUCUUAUUUUCGGGCGGUAUAUUUUCGUUUGGUUUCGUUGGCACCAGUUCUGUUUUCGGUAGGUUUGUCUUUUGGAAAAAUGGAGACCAUGACGAAGGCAAUAUUCCAGUCGCUUCUGAAAAUAUCAUAAUUGUUUUCAAAACCCCAAUAUCUUGCUGGUAGCUUUUAAGACGAUACGACCUGAUGUAGGCCUAGAAGGACAGGCGGAGAAGAAUCCGAAACGAUAUCAGCCUGAUGUAUAAAUUCAUUAAUGAUGAGAGAGGAAUAUUGACAUAAAACCUAUAAUAUACAGUAGCUACAUACAGAAUACCCAAAAGUUAAAAAAGAGGGAAAAUCCUCUAGGAUAAAAGUUUGGCAAAAUGAAAUAUAGAACGCCGAGCUUUUCCCUCAUAUUCUAUGCCCACAAACUUGUGUUAGAGAGGUAGAAUAUACCAGUGAUAAAAGAUUAAGACUCUCCCUGCCUCCAUAUCAUAAGGAGGCUCCAUUGGCUUAGCUCUCUGUAGUAUUCCUUACAUCUAAGAUGAACAUGUUUCAUGAAAAUAUUAGCUUAUUUACACCUGCAGAAGCAUUAGGAUGAAAAAUGUAC